AUGGGAAUAAUUCUAGGCAUUUUUGUGAGUUUCAUUAUUUUUUGUACUCUAGCUUAUCAAUGGAUCCAUAAAAGGCUUAGAUUUUGGAGUGAUCGAGGAUUUUUGCAAGAUAAUCCAUCAUUUCCAUUAGGGAAUCUAUCUUGUGUUGGAACCAAAAGAACCAAUACUGAGAAUUUAGAUUACUUUUACAAGAAGUUCAAGGGAAAGACACCUGCGGUUGGGCUUUAUAACUUUUUGUCUCCAGUAAUUCUACCUAUUGAGCCAGAAUUAGUUAAAAAUAUUUUAGUUCGUGAUUUUAAUUCCUUCCACGAUCGAGGAUUAUUUUAUAAUAAGGAAGAUGAUCCCAUAGGUGCUAACACAUUGACUUUAAAUGGACAAGACUGGAAGGAUCGUCGAGUAAAGCUUACUCCAAUUUUCACAUCUGGAAAAAUGAAACUGAUGUUUGAGUUGAUUGAUUCAUUGAGUGACAAAAUGGUACGAAUAAUUGAAGAUCAAUUACGAAAUACAAAUGAUCUCGAGAUGCGCAGUUGGUUGCAAAGGUUUACAAUUGACAGUAUUGGAAAUGUUGCAUUUGGAAUUGAACCAAAUUGUCUUGAAAAUGAAAAUUCGGAAUUUGGAUACUUUGGAAGGAAAUUAGCAAACAUUACACUUUUUGGAAUCAUUAAAUUCAUUUUUGGAACUGAAUGGCCUGAUUUUGCUAGAAAGCUUGGCUUUGGCUUUUGUCCAAAAGAUGUUGGUGACUUUUUCUUGAAAACUUUUAUUCAGACUAUUGAAUUUCGUGAAAAAAGCAACAUCAAGCGAAAUGACUUUGUAUCGCUGCUAUUGGGACUCAAAAAUGAAUACACCAAAGAAGAACUUGCUGCUGAGGCAUUUAUCAUAUUCUUUGGAGGAUUUGAGACUUCAAGCUCAUUAAUGACAUUCUUACUUUAUGAACUUGCACUCAAUCCAGAUAUUCAGGAUAGAUUGAGAGAAGAAAUAGCUAAUGGAAUUGAGGAAAAUGAUGGAAAAUUAAAUUAUGACAUGCUUUUGGGGUUGAAAUAUUUAGAUAUGGUUGUAAAUGAAGGUUUGAGGAAGUAUCCACCGAUUCCAACACCAAUUAGAAAAUGUACUAAAGAAUAUGAAAUUCCAAACUCAAAUCUUGUGAUUCCUAACGGAACUAUUGUUCUUAUUAAUGCUUUUUCACUACAAAGAGAUCCAGAAUAUUUUCGAGAUCCUGAUAAGUUCGAUCCUGAACGUUUUAAUGCAGAAAAUAUCAGAAAUAUUAAACCAUUUUCAAAUAUUCCAUUUGGUGAUGGACCAAGAAAUUGCCUCGGUAUGAGAUUUGGGCUGAUGCAGUCAAAACUAGGCAUUGCAAAAAUUGUCAAAAAUUUUAUGUUUCAACCAGGAACGAGAACUCAAAUACCACUAAAAUUCAAUUCAACUAGCCCACUUUUGGCACCUGAAAAAGGAAUGUGGUUAAAAGUUACAAGAAUUUAA